AUGGCCGCUGGCGACUCCGAGCGGGUGCAAGAGGCCAAGAAGCUGGCCGUCUCCAAUCCAGCAAAGAGCGAGUCGAUCUACAAGGAUAUCAUCUCAAAGACGCCGUCCGUCACGUCAGAUGCCGCCAUCCGGGAGUACGAGACGGCGCUGAUCAGCCUGGGAGAGCUGUACCGGGAUCAAAAAAACACGACCGAGCUUGUUGAGCUGGUAACGCGGAGCCGGACAGUGCUCUCGUCGUUUGCAAAGGCAAAAACUGCCAAGCUGGUGCGCCAGCUGCUCGACCUCUUCCGCGAGAUACCCAACACGACCGACACACAGAUUGCCGUGACCAAGUCCUGCAUAGAAUGGGCGACGUCGGAGCGCCGCGGCUUCCUGCGGCAGAACCUGGAGACACGGCUGGUGGCGUUGUACAUGGCGAAGCAGGCGCACUACGAUGCGCUGACGCUGAUCAACGGGCUGUUGCGGGAGCUGAAGCGGCUGGACGACAAGCUGGUGCUGGUGGAGGUGCAGCUAUUGGAGUCGCGCGUGUACCACGCGCUGGGCAACGUGUCCAAGGCGAGGGCCGCGUUGACGAGUGCGCGCACGAGCGCGGCGUCCGUCUACACGCCGCCGCUGCUGCAGGCGAACCUGGACAUGCAGUCGGGCAUGCUGCAUGCGGAAGAUAAGGACUUCAACACAGCGUUCAGCUACUUCAUCGAGGCCCUGGACGGCUACCACACGCAGGACGAGCCGGCCAAGGCGACAGCGGCCCUGCAGUACAUGCUGCUCUGCAAGAUCAUGCUCAACCUAGCCGACGACGUGAACCAGCUGAUGGCGUCCAAGCAGGCGGUCAAGUACGCGGGCCAGAGCCUCGAGGCCAUGAAAGCCAUCGCGCGGGCCCACGCGAACCGCUCGCUGGAGGAGUACGAGCGCGCUCUGGCCACGUACCGCUACGAGCUCGGCAGCGACGCCUUUGUGCGCAACCACCUGCGCCGUCUCUACGACGCCAUGCUGGAGCAGAACCUGGUCAAGGUGAUCGAGCCCUUCUCGCGCGUCGAGAUCGAGCACAUUGCCCACAUGGUCGGCCUCGACACCCAGCAGGUUGAGCGCAAACUGUCGCAGAUGAUUCUCGACAAGGUCAUCAUCGGCGUGCUCGACCAGGGCGCCGGCUGCCUGAUCAUCUACGACGAGACGGAGCGCGACGAGGGAUACGACGCUGCACUGGCCACCAUUGAGAAGCUGAGCAACGUCGUCGAUGUGCUGUACACAAACCAGGCCUCGCAGCUGGAUCUUAUCGGUCCCCCCACCACACAGCAAUGGCGACGGCUCAGCGGGCUGCCCGGGCGACCAAGCAAUAGUGCCAACAUAGCUCGCUAUGCGCUUCGACCCAUAGCACGGCGGCCGCUCGUUGUCGCGGCGCUGCAGCCAGACAGACAGGCGCACUCAUAUCUUGCGACGGACGGCGCAAGUGCAGCCGUGGGCGGUGUCGAGUUGGCGGCGCCACCAGCGUCAACCGAUCCUGUCUCGAUGGUAGAGCCAGGCGGAACGACGAGGCAGCAGGCUGUGGCCGGUGCACAAAUGCCAGGGAAGCACAGGAGGAAAAAGCUGCGAAAGCAGCAGGAAGCGGAGGCGGCACGAGCUGCUUUGGGAGCGGCAGCAGAGACGUCGACCGUCUCCGAGGCUGCUGCUGGCGAGGCGCCUGUUGCGGGUGACAGCAUCAUACACGAGGAGUUGCCCGAGGACACAGCAGCAGGAGAUGCAGGGGCUGAGCCGGCAGAGAAGAAGCGGGUCAAAAAGCCAAGAUGGACCGACGCCCAGCGUGCAGAGCGGCGCCUUGCCAGCUCUGCCGCUUUGCGGUCAGAGCCAUCAUGGUCAGAGUCAUCAGAGCCAUCAGAUUCAUCACGAUCGCCACGGUCACCACGGUCACCACGGCCAUCACCAUCGACGCUGCCACCGCGCAUCCCAAGCUGGAAGAUCCAGAAGCGUGCGCUCCAGGACAAGUUCCCCGACGGCUGGCAGCCACGCAAGAGGCUGUCGCCGGACGCGCUCGAGGGCAUCCGGGCGCUGCACCGGCAGUUCCCGGACGUGUACACGACGCCGGCGCUGGCCAAACACUUUAUGGUGUCGGCGGAGGUGGUACGACGCAUUCUCAAGAGCAAGUGGCAGCCGCAGCCGGCCGAGGAAGAGGACCGACAGGAACGCUGGUUUAGGCGCGGCAAGCAGGUGUGGGCGCGGUGGGCGGCGCUGGGACGGAAGCCGCCGAAGCGGUGGCAGGCCGAGGGGAUCCGGCGGGACUCGUCACCGAUGAACGAGAAGAAGCUGCUGCAGGUCGUAGCCGUCGGUCAGCCGAGCCAGAGACGGACAGACCCAGAAGAGGACGCACGCAGAGUCUAG